AUGUCGUCGCAACAAGAUAUGAACAGUCUGCUGCACGCCAUGCGUGCACAAAUUGCAACAUUAACCUCUCAACUUGCCGAGCUGCAAACCAACCCCCCUGUGGCAACCCCCUCGGUCGAGAAGAAAUUCAACAAGAAAGUCGAAGUCGUCGUUGACCCUGGCACCUUUGAAGGAGACAGAGCGCGAUUCGCCGAGUGGUGGAUCAAGCUCCAGAUUUGGGUCAAGGCAAAUUGGGACGCGUUUGCCGACGAUUUUGAGGAAUGCUACACCGCGGGAGUGUGGCCAACCUGGAACAAUCUCAAGAAAGAGAUCGAAAAAUAUUUCAAACCGCAAGCUGAGCGUUGUCAUGCACCAAAGUUGAUUGGUAGCAUGGACAUGUGUCAAUAA